UUCAUUCAUUCUUUCACUCGUAAAUUGAACGGAAAUUGAUCAAAAUCAAACAAAAAUAUACGAGCCACAGACAGAGUACAUUUUUAUAUUGAUAAGAGCGAAACUGUGACUAGGAUAGGUAUCAAACACUUAUUUUACUAAACUGUGUUUUGUUCUGAACCUUCAAUAGAAGUGGAAUGUUGUUUAGUGAAGUAAGGUAAAAUGGAGUGUACUCAGCGGCUCGAAUGUACUCAGGAUUUAUAUGAUACCCCAGUGGAGAAAACAUGCCCCGAACAGAUUGGAUUCUUGGGGAUUUGUGGAACAAAGUACCCGGUGAAGAUAGGCCCCAACAAGGUGGGCCGUGAUCCACAGACCUGCAGCAUUGUAUUGCAGUUGGAAUCAAUAUCAAGACAGCAUGCGGUGAUCAACGUCCUGAACCAGAAGGAGUUCAUGCUGAUGGACCUGGACUCUGCAAACAAGACCAAGCUGUCGGGUAAGACUCUCCAGCCGUACAUCCCGCACGCGCUCAGCGACGGGGACCUGGUGCAGUUCGGGAAGACGUUCGGCGUGUUCCGGCUGCUGCGGCAGCACGCGGCGCUCGCGGCCACGCAGGCGCUGCUGGACCAGUCGCUCUCCGCACCCACUACGGUACCGGAGUCGCCUGAUGUCAGCGACAGGGAUGACUCAUUUAUUGCACCUUCUCAACCGCAAUUGCAAAAGCAAUUUAAAGAUGAAACUAGUCACUUUUUCAAGCCCUCUGCAAAAACAAUAUCCAUUCAACCAAUUGGUUCCAAAAAAAUUGAUAAUGUUUACUGGAACUCCAAGAGAUCUACUUCUAUUGGCUCGACGUUGUUUGACUCUACUAAAAGUAUGAACGAUUCAGCAAUAUUACUUAAUAAAUCAAAUGAAAUGAAUUUACAUGAAAUGGAGACGCAGGCGCCCAUGGAAAAUAUACAAAAUAUUAGUGUAGAUUCAAUAUACACUGCAAACACACAAAUGCCAAAUCAAUGUUACCAAAUUGCGAAUGCUGAAGCCAUAUACAAUGCACAAACGCCAAUUGCGCAUAAACUAAAUAUUAGUGUAGAUUCAAUUUACACAGCACACACUCAACUACCUGAUGGUUGUAGCUCGAAAAUUCAUACAGCGGACACUCAAAUACCAAACAAAUGUAAUGCUUCGCCUUCAAUAUACAAUGCUGAUACACAAAUGCCAGCACCUGAUAAUCUGCCAAUUGUUUGCAAAGUACCAAACCAACAUGAAAUGCAGUUUGAUUUAUUUGUAGGAAAUAAAGAAAACGAUAAUAAUUUGUUUAAUGCUGAGACCCAGGCAUUUGUACCGAAUGUUUCUAUGACAUCUGAAUCAUUAAGCAAAGCUAUUAAAAAUAGUAAUACAAGCAAAGAUAAUUCCAAAUCCAGACUACAUACAUCAGAAGAAGAAAUAUUAUUUGAAGACAUUGAUAAAGACUGUUUUCAAGAUGAAUUUGAAUCACAAUCAUUAUUACCUGAAUCACCACAAAAGAUAAAGGAAAAUAAUAAAGGCGUUGAAGACGACUCUGAUUUUGAGAUUACUUUAAACAAGGCAGCCAAAAGAACAAUCAGAAUAAAAUCGAGCAGUUCUACGGAUUGUGAAGAUUUUGAAAUAACGCCUGUUCAACAAUUACUGACAAAACCGGAUGACGAUGAUAUCACUGAUUGUGAAGACAGUUUUAGUGAUGAUUUUAAGAAACCAGAUAAUUUACAAAAAUCAAAAGAAAAUUUUGAAGAUAUCUUAACACAAGUGAUAGUUCAUGAAGAACCGUCCAAAAACAACAACAAUAAUAAUACGAAAACAAAAAUAACAACUAGAAGUCCUAAAGUUCCAUUUGAAGAUAUGCUAACACAAGUGAUUCAAGAAGAAAAAACAUUAAGUACUGCGGCAGCUAAUGAUCUUAAUUUUGAAGAAAUGCCAACUCAAGUUAUUUGUGAUGAAAAAGAGUUACUUGAAAAACAUAAUUUAGAAGACCUCCCUACACAAAUAUUACAUGAAAAUAUUUGUGAUAAAGUAAAAGGGUUGAAAGUGAUUUCAAAUGAAUUUGUAAGUCCAUUUAAAGUUCCGUUAAAAUCACCGCGUAAAUUGAAGCGAAAGGAUACGUCGAUAUCAAAUCAAUGGAAAGAAGUUAGUCCUGUUGAAGGCAAUUCUAAAAAGGUAACUAAGGUUAUUGAAAAUGAUGACAAUUAUUAUGAAGCUACUCAAGACAUAUUAGAUGACUUGUGUACUCAAGCACAACUUUCUCCUGAAAUUCUACCAGUAAGACCCAAAGACGAUGAUGUUAUACCAAGUUCAGUUGAGGAUUAUGAAGCUGGUGAUAUUAAAUUACCUGGUCUUGAUUAUGAAAUAUCACCUAAAUCAUCUGAUAGUAACAUAGAAGAAAAACUUAAUCAGUUUGUAACAAGUCUAUCCAAAGAACAAAUACAAUAUGUUAUUGGAGUACAACCUUUAAAGAAACAACCUAGUGAUCCAUCCGAUAGUGAAGCAACGCCUAAAAAGGUCCAUCCAAUGAAGUUGUUUGAAAUGGAUUUACCGAACAGUCAAGAGAUAAAAACAAGUGUGUCACUUCACUAUCACAGUAAAGUAACAGAAACUUCGAGUGAGUCAGAAACUGAAAAUGAAAGUACUGAAGAUCAAUUUACUCCUAUUUUAUUUCGUAAAAAGAGAAAACCUAAGAUUGAUGCAAAAUUAGAUCUUACUAAGAAACUUGAUGUCGGCGCUUUGCCUUCUAGAGUUUCGACACGAGUUCGUAAACCUGCCGCGAAAAUCCAAGAAAAUGACACAAAAAGAAAUGAUAACUUUUUAAAACCCAAGUAUUUGACAGAACAAGAAGGAGAUAUUAGCAAUGAAAUAAUUAUCGAAAAUAUAACCCGGCUUAAAACUAAAAACGAAAAGAAUAAAAGUAAUACAGAAGUUAGUAAUGCGAGUCAUAAAUCAAAUACUGACUCCUACGCGCCUAGUAAAAGUUUAAAUAAAACUGAACUUAAUUCAAAAGACAGACAAAAAUCUGACAAAUUCAAAGAAUCCACAACAAAGGAUAUACGAAAGACUCCUGAACUGAAAAAUGAACCCACUACAAAAGGCAAGCGGAAAUCUGAUGAUGUGAAACAAGAUUCAUCAGUUCCCAAAUUGAGUAAAAUUGAAACUUUAAAUAGCAACGUCAUAAAUAUAGAUUUAACGGGCGAAAGAAGUAAAAGGAGUACUAGAAACAAACCAAAGGAAACUAGUAAAUGUAAAGAAAAGGCAACCAAAAACACGGAAUUUUCAGUCAAAGAUAAAAAAGAUGAAGAUAAAAGACGUCACAGAAGUAAGAAGGAGGAUAAACACGAGGAUCAUACGAAAGAAGUGAGACGGAGCAGGCGGCAGAAGUCGUACAAGGAGAAGAAGGAGAACGAUUCGUUGAUCAAAGUGAAGAUAGGCAGGCCUGCGAGGAAGCAGGUGAAGGAGAUACAGGAGAAGAGCGCAGUGUACAGCGUGUCCUCGGAGUCGGGGGCGGAGUCCCCGCGGCGCCGCAAGCGGCCCGCGGUCGCGGCGCUGCGGGGCUCCAGCCCCAAGCGCACCCGCGCCAGCGCGAGGUCGACGCCUGCGUCGCUGCUGCCCAAACAGAAAGUGUUAUUCACCGCAUUCCCUUUCGACGAGGUCAAGAAUAAACUCGAGAGUUUAGUUGUCAUACUCGUCAUGUCAGGCGCGGAGAUCGUGAGCGACGUGACGCAGUGCACGGUGGUGGUGACGGCGCACAUCAAGCGCACCUUCAAGCUGCUGUGCGCACUCGGGCUCGGCCGCCCCAUCGUGGGCUCCGCGUGGCUGCAGGCCUGCCACGACAACAACCACAUUGUGGACCCCUGGCUGUACCUGCUGAAGGACGAGCAAGCGGAGCAGAGGUUCAAGUUCAGUCUCCAGCGCACGCUCACCGGCCGGCGGGGCUUCCUCAGAGGGUACAACGUGUCCUCCACGCCGCAGGUCAAGCCGGCCACUGCGGAGAUGAUGUUGAUAGUGGAGUGCUCGGGCGGGACGUGGGCGGAGGGCGGGAGUCGCUGGCUGUGUGUGUCGUGUUCCGGCGACCGCGCGCUGUGGCCGGCGCUGCAGCGGCGCGGCGCGCGCGUCGUCAGCUCGGAGCUGGUGCUGGGCGGCGUGCUGCGGCAGGAGCUGGACGUGGAGGGCGCGAGGCUGGCGUGACGCGUCUUGUGGCCGGAACGGAAACCGUUUCACCGCUCGCUGAUAAAGUAUCUAAUAGUAAAAUAUCAAAUAGAUAGCGCUGGAAGUUGUGUUUCACAAGUAUGGAAUAGGGCCGGCUGGCCAAUCGAGUUAGUUUUGUAUGUCAAAUUACAAUAUAUUUUAUUAGAAACUGGUGAAACAGGCUCUUAGUGUCGUUCAUGAAAUAGCUAUUUCUUAUUUUAAAAGCCUUAUUUAUUAAUAUGCCAUUGUAGGACGCACCUAGCGUGUCGUAAUCGAAGCCAUGUGCUACGCUUGGCGUGUUAUAUGUGUCCAGAAAUCCACAGAAAUCUAUUUUUUAUUAUUAUUAAUGUAUCAUCAUAUAUUAAUAAAACUUUUUGCUUUGCGCCUUCUUUCCACAAAACAAUAAAAAACAACCGCAUAAUGAAACAUGAACCGCGUACCUCAUGUAAAGUUCCGUCUACCUCAUAGUUGAUAAAAAUGUUGGUCUAAUCAAAUUUCUAACAAGUACUUAGUACGAGAGCUAGGAUUGGUUGAUAAAUAAUUAAGGUUUUGAAUGCAUGCUAUUAGAGGAAAUAAAGAGUUAAUGCAUCUUAUUAUAAAACAUAUAAAGCAGUCGUAAUUUUAAAUUGUUUAGUUAUUUUAACGUAGGCCCUAGGCUCCGAUUAGAUCCUGAAUUAAGUAGGAUAGCAGGUACAAAUUCCGAUAAACCAAAUUACUAUCAAAUAGGAAUAUUUUUCCAAUGUAGUAGUGCCUUAUUGUUUACACGUCAGUGAUAAUGAUACCAUUGCAUUUACUAUACUUAAUAUUCAUUUGGCUGGGGUAAAUAUAUACACAACAAACAUAUACAUUGUUUUAUUCCAUACGAUUUGCGAAUAUUUCGAUAUCUGUAACAUAUAUUUAUUGUAUUUAAAUGUACAAAAAGACUGUUGUUAUUACACACUGAAUUGCAUACAUAUUGAUGUUAAUUGAUCAUAUAUAUUGUGUGAAAUAAUUAUUUUUAUAACUAGUAAUUGGCAAUUAUUUUAUGUAAUUUUAAUUCAGUAUACUAUUUUAAUGUUCGUUUUAGUGAUUUUGAUUGUUUUUUACAUUUUAGCUCUAUAUUUGAUUUGAACCUGCUCUGUCGAAACAUGCGGUGAUGUCUGUAGAUUCUGUGGUUGUUUUAUAUACAUGCGGUGUCAAAACAAUGCAAAGUGAAGUUUCCUGACAUCGCUGUUCGGUGUUAAGUUAUUUACGAACGAGCAAGAUAUAAAUACUCCAUUGAAUAUGGCGCGAUAGUUCCAUUGUUGAUAAUUUUGUAAAUAUACCACUCUGAUUUUCAAA